AUGAGCCAUGUGAUGACAGGCCUUUACACUCCUCAUUAUGGCAUGACAGGCCUUCACACUCCUCAUUAUGGCAUGACAGGCCUUCACUCUCCUCACUAUGGCAUGACAGGCCUUCACUCUCCUCACUAUGGCAUGACAGGCCUUCACACUCCUCAUUAUUGCAUGACAGGCCUUCACUCUCCUCACUAUGGCAUGACAGGCCUUCACUCUCCUCACUAUGGCAUGACAGGCCUUCACACUCCUCAUUAUUGCAUGACAGGCCUUCACUCUCCUCACUAUGGCAUGACAGGCCUUCACUCUCCUCACUAUGGCAUGACAGGCCUUCACACUCCUCAUUAUUGCAUGACAGGCCUUCACUCUCCUCACUAUGGCAUGACAGGCCUUCACACUCCUCAUUAUUGCAUGACAGGCCUUCACUCUCCUCACUAUGGCAUGACAGGCCUUCACUCUCCUCACUAUGGCAUGACAGGCCUUCAGGCUCCUCACCAUCGCAGGUAUUAG